GAACAUUACGGCUAUGCAUAUGCUACAGUACAGUGCAUGCAGAUGCAGUGGUUGGACCGGGCGGCCAGGCUUGCGGAGCUGAUUGAGGAUUGCUUUCGAAAUGGAGGACGACACAGCGAAAGGAAAGUUGAACUUAGAGCAAGAAAUAAUAUCGUUACAAGAUAUCUUGGAAUCAUUCAGUGCACCUUUGAACGAAGAGCAAGCUUGGGCUAUUUGUUAUCAAUGUGGAAAGUUUUUAGAUGAAAGUUUAAACGGGAAUGUGACAGUCCAAAGUGCGAACGGCGUUCUGCUUAGUAAAGAUGGAACCAUUCGACUACCGGUCGCAGAAGAGCAGGAGCAGCUGACUGACAAUAAAGAAAGAGAAGAUCACACAAGAGAGACACAGCUUAUGGUUAUCAAUACUCUUGGGAGGAUCAUCUACCAUGCACUGGAUUAUGGCCUUUCAGAAGAAGAAGAGAGAGAACUUUCUCGGCCCUUGGAGGAAUUGAUUGAGCUCAUGACAAGUGCUGACAUUCAUGACACUGCUGAAAACUCUAAUGAUAAUAACAAUAUUCGCCAAGAGGCUGAUAAUUUCAAUGUGGAUGAAGGAAUAGAGGAUGAGGGACUUUGUGAAGAAGAAGAAGAAGAGACGGAAGAUGGAGGAAGGUUGAAUGAUGAGAGUGAUCGUGAUGACCACUUGCACAACGAAAACGAUUCCUGCAUAGUUACGCAACUUUUAAAGAUGUGUUCUGAUCAUCUGCCACAACCUAAAGCAGCUUCUACCCACUACCAAGCUGUGUGCAGAGCAGUGUAUACCGAGUAUCUAGACCUUGCUACAUUCCUAAACAAGAUCACUGGCAGUAAUGAGAUUUUAAGAAGUUUAUCGGAGGGUAAUGAUAUGAGUGAUGGUAGUGUGGAAGAUUUGCAUCCAAGACAAUGGGCUAAAAUAUGGCUGAAUGUGGUGAGAGACCUAAGAAACGGAGUGAAACUGAAGAAGCUUGCGGAUCAUGAGAAGGGUAGAGCACCUAUUGAGUAUGCACUGACGCCGUAUGAAAUGCUAAUGGAUGAUAUACGAUCACAUCGGUUUACUCUCAACAAAGUCAUGGUGAAUGGUAGUAUUCCAACGAGGGUGAAGAAAGAAGCACAUGACAUCAUCCUUGAUUUCAUUCGAUCAAGACCUCCUCUUAAACCGGUACCUCUGGAUAAAUUAAACCAGCAACCUCUAAGAAGAGAAAGCGUUCACGAGAAGAUUAUGAAAGAGAUACGCUCCCAGCCUCAGCUUAGACCAACUGUACUCGUUGAAAAGUCAAACCGCAGAAGUCAGGGCUUUAUCUUCUCUGAUGAGGAGUUGUCACCGCCCCUGCCUAAGAAGGUCAUAAAAGCCGAGUUCACCUUGGACUGGUCUGAAACGGAGUCAGAGAGCGAUAGUAGCAUGCACGAGCCGAACUCCUACUCACGACAAAGAAGAUUAAGAAAAGGGAUCAACGUUUGCCAGGAAACUCAAUAUGAUGAUGAUGAUGAGAUGGAUGGAGAUGCUGGGGAUGUUCUGGAGCAAGCAAUACAGAGAAUACUUGACGAUGGCCAGCAUCUCCCUGAUGAGAGCAUGUUUCUAAAUAUCAGUAUGCCCCCAGAUACCAUGGUGUCCACCCCGGAGAAAACACUAACAAUGAGCAGAUCAUCCCUGUCAAGUUUUGAUGAGAUAAGAUCAGAUGAAAUUCCGCUAGAUACUCCCAGAAGACAUAGUAUCGGUCCUUGUCAGUCAUUUAAGUCUCCAAGGAGGAUGUCUCAAGAUAUGGAUUGUUUAUCAUUGACUGUUGAAGAGGUUAUUCAUAUCAGAAGUGUCUUAGUGAAAGCAGAGAUUGAGAACCUUAGAGUUAAUCCAAAACUACACAAAGAUGUGCUCCAGGAUAAGGUGUGUUUUUCAUGUAAGAAGAAGUUUUCUCUCUUCAAGAAGAAGUUCAAGUGCAGAUUAUGCAAGAAAUUGAUCUGUAGUGUAUGCUGUGUUAAGAUGUACAUUCCCACUGAAGAGUUCUUACACAUUCCCGUCGAUUCUCUCAGCCCUAAUAGUCCUAAGAAAAGUCCAUCCGUGCCCACCAGACAAAGGAGUAUAAGUGAACCACCUACACCAUUUAUGGAGACCAGCCCCGUGAGGGAACGUAAGCAGAGGGAACUUCAUGUGUGGCGCCAGCCAAGUAGCCCAAUGGAGAAUGUUUGCUGUGAAUGUUGUACAUUCCUCAAAAAUACAAGGACAGGUCCACCACCACCACCACCCCAUACUGCAAGGGGAUUACCUGUUCCGUUCAGUCUGGCUUCACCGCCACUGCUCUACACCACUUAGACUAUCCAUAGAGCAGUCUAGUUCCGCAGUGGUUAAGCAAUUUGAUUGCCUGUUCCACAAGUCCAGCUGCAGCACAACUAUCGCCACCAUCUCCAUAUGGCUCCACUCUCAUUUUAUUCAGCCUGGCUCCACCCUCUUCUCUGCCUGGAUCCACUGUCACUCUACUGAGCAUGGCUCCAUCUUGAAUGUACUCAGCAUGGCUCCUCUCUCUAUUCUGCCUGGCUCCAUCUCAUCACUUUAUCCAGCCUGGCUCCAUCUUGAAUCUACUCAGCAUGGCUCCUCUCUCUCUACUCUACCUGACUCCAUCUCUUCACGUUACUGAGCCUGGCUCCACCCUGAAUCUAUUAAGCAUAGCUCCUCUCUAGCUCUACUCUGCCUGGCUCCAUCUCAUCACUUUACUCAGCCUAGCUCCACCCUGAAUCUACUCAGCAUGGCUCCUCUCUCUCUCUCUCUCUCUCUACUCUGCCUGGCUCCAUCUCAUCACUUUACUUCGCCUGGCUCAACCCGGAAUCUACUUUUAACUAUGACUCCUCUCUCUACUCAGCCUGCUUUGAUUCUCAUUCUUCCUAGCCUGGUUUGACUCACUCUACUAAGCCUGGUUUGACUCUCACUCUACUUAGCCUGGUUUGACUCUCACUCUACUUAGCCUGGUUUGACUCUCACUCUACUUAGCCUGGUUUGACUCUCACUCUACUCAGCCUGGUUUGACUCUCACUCUACUUAGCCUGGUUUGACUCUCACUCUACUUACCCUGGUUUGACUCUCACUCUACUUAGCCUGGUUUGACUCUCACUCUACUUAGCCUGGUUUGACUCUCACUCUACUUAGCCUGGUUUGACUCUCACUCUACUCAGCCUGGUUUGACUCUCACUCUACUCAGCCUGGUUUGACUCUCACUCUACUCAGCCUGGUUUGACUCUCACUCUACUUAGCCUGGUUUGACUCUCACUCUACUUAGCCUGGUUUGACUCUCACUCUACUCAGCCUGGUUUGACUCUCACUCUACUUAGCCUGGUUUGACUCUCACUCUACUUAGCCUGGUUUGACUCUCACUCUACUUACCCUGGUUUGACUCUCACUCUACAUUAAUAGCCUGGUUUGACUCUUACUCUACUUAACCUGGUUUGACUGUCACUCUACUUAACCUGGUUUGACUCUCAUCCUUCUCAGCCUGGUUUGCCUCACUCUACUCACCCUGGGUCAACUCCCAUUCUAAUCUGACUUGCUUCACCCUUACUCUGCAUAGUGCACAAUGCAGAGUCUGAAGUAGGAGACUAGAUUCACUCAUCUACUGGGGCUGCCCUACCACAGGCAGAUAGGGGUAAAGUCUAGUCUUCACCCUAGACAUGGUAUAAUUUAUUAUAGUGUCAGCUUGGAGUCUGCUUGCAAACUAGAAAACAUGUUAAUGAUUUUUUUCCUUCAAAUUUAUGUAUAUUAUGCAACUUUAACUUUCAUGUUUUUGCCAAAUUUAUAUGUUCUGUUAUUUUGUAAAAUAGGAUUUUUUUUCAAUAACCUACAUGUCUGAAAACUGACUUUCCUGAGUGAAAGAUGAUAUGGCUGAAUUACUUGUGUGCUGAAUAAAUCAAUAUGUCACAUUCUCAGUACAGAUUUCUUGAUGAAUAUCAACUUUUUUUUUUCCUUUUUUAGAAAUAUUUAUAUGCAAAUUAUUACAAACUCAGUAUUUUUAAUUGAGUAAUGUAGUUUUUGUCUCACCUGCAUAGCAGAGUGAGACUAUAGGCGCCGCUUUUCCGACGGCGGCGGCGACGGCGGCGGCGGCGUCAACACCAAAUCUUAACCUGAGGUUAAGUUUUUGAAAUGACAGCAUAACUUAGAAAGUAUAUGGACCUAGUUCAUGAAACUUGGCCAUAAGGUUAAUCAAGUAUUACUGAACAUCCUGCCUGAGUUUCAUGUCACAUGACCAAGGUCAAAGGUCAUUUAGGGUCAAUGAACUUAGACCAUGUUGGGGGAAUCAACAUCAAAAUCUUAACCUAAGGUUAAGUUUUUGAAAUGUCAUCAUAACUUAGAAAAUAUAUGGACCUAGUUCAUGAAACUUAUACAUAAGGUUAAUCAAGUAUCACUGAACAUCCUGCAUGAGUUUCACGUCACAUGACCAAGGUCAAAGGUCAUUUAGGGUCAAUGAACUUUGGCCGAAUUGGGGUAUUUGUUGAAUUACCAUCAUAACUUUGAAAGUUUAUGGAUCUGAUUCAUGAAACUUGGACAUAAUAGUAAUCAAGUAUUACUGAACAUCCUGUGCAAGUUUCAGGUCACAUGAUCAAGGUCAAAGGUCAUUUAGGGUCAAUGAACUUUGGUCAAAUUGGGGUAUUUGUUGAAUUACAGCCAUAAAUUUGAAAGUGUGUUGGUCUAGUUCAUAAAACUUGGACAUAAUAGUAAUCAAGUAUCACUGAACAUCCUGUGCGAGUUUCAGGUCACAUGAUCAAGGUCAAAGGUCAUGUAAGGUCAAAGAACUUUGGCCACGUUGGGGGUAUUUGUUGAAUUGCCAUCAUAUCUCUAUAAGUGUAUUGGUCUAGUUCAUAAAACGUGGAAAUAAGAGUAACCAAGUAUCACUGAACAUCUUGUGCGAGUUAUAGUAGUUUUCAAAAUCAGCACUGCUGCUAUAUUGAAUCGCGUGAUGCAGGUGAGACGGCCAGAGGCAUUCCACUUGUUAUCAAUACAUCUUUAAUAAUAAUAAUAACAACGGUAUAUUUACCCAGGGUAGCCACUUCAGUUCCGAAAACUGUUCUCCCAGCGGGCCCUGCUAUUAUUAUUACCCGGCUAAGCUAGGCUACCUAUUCGGUGUACACAGCUUUUGAGGAAUUACUUCCUACCAGUACCCAUUUACCUCACCUGGGUCGAGUGCAGCACACUGGAUGAAUUCCUUGCUGAAGGAAAUUACGCCAUGGCUGGGAUUUGAACCCACGACCCUCUGUUUCAAAGUCCAGAGACUAAAUCCACUGGGCCACGACACUCCGCUUUGAAGAAUGUGUUGGGAUGAUGAUUUUUCGCAAUUGCCGAAAGCAAACGGAAACCACAGAGAUGCCAUUGAAAAUACCCUUUGUAGCAGAACUUGAAAAGGCAAAUGAAAGUAAAGAAAUUGAAAUUCUUUGAAAUGGAAAAUUAUCACCCCAAAAUGCAAAUCAUUUCCUCGCAAAAUUGAUAACCAAGUUAAUAUCUGCUGGUGUUUCAAAAAGAUUGAAGUGUGAUUAAAAGUGGUGCGUAAAUGCUGACGAGCACAUGAUAUUUAGUUCGCAAUCUUAGUUUAUAAGUGCCACAUUAAUGCAGAAAGACACAAUUCAUAUCAAUAUAAAUUGUAGCACAUUUGAUUGGUAGAUCAGCUUUAAUUAAUUUUUUUCUGUUUUAGGUGCUAUUUUAGUUUGUAGGUGCUGUUUUUUUUUUCUAUGUCUAUGCUAGCCAUAUAAAAAGGGACUGGGUGUUUAUAAUGUAUGCUUUAAAAGAAGGUAAUAUGUUCCCCGAAAUUGGAAAACACCUGACAUUGUUUCAGAUAUUGCACAACAAAGUUCAGCUUUUGUCAUGUUUAGAAUGUGAGUAAAGGUUUCUGCACACUGAGUGAUUUCAAGUUUGGUGUUGGUGUUGGUAUUUUUGGAAGAAAACCUGUGUGUGUACAAAAAUGAUCCAAAUAAAAAAAAACGCAAGCUCAACACCAGGUGACAUUCGUCCCAUGACCAGCUUCAUUGCAAGUUUUUUUUUUUUGUUUUUUUUUUUGCUUUGCUGACCGAGCAACACCAACUCCAAAAGGGCAACACUAUAAUUGAAACCACCCAAUGAAUCUGCUUCGGGAGAUGACACAGAAAUAUGGUUCAUAGAAAAAUGGAAUGAAAUCGUUGGUCUGUACCACUCAAAAGAGACUGUUGGCACCUAUCAUUAUACUUUGUCUCUUUUCAAAUUUAUGUAAAGCUAAUUAAAUAGGUCGAUUGCUGAAUCGUAUGCCACUUUAGUUCCGAAUUUUCACAUUAACAAUGUACUCAUUCUCAUUUAUGAUAAGUUAAGUAUUGUCUUUUUGAAAUUGCCUAGGCUUCUUGUUUCUUGUAAAGAUUUUUACUUUGAAUGCGCUGUAUUUUUGUGUAUUUAUAUCUAAUAUUGUUUUUUUUUUUAUUAGUUUUGAUCUGUUUAGAAUGAUUUUUUUACCCGAGUUGUUUAAUCUUGCCAGUUUUAUCAUUUUUGUAAAUGUUAUGACGGGAUGUAAUAUUGCUCUUCUGGUUGAAAUAAUGCAUCAACAUAAUUGAGACCCUCUUCAACUCAUAUAGUUGCUUUUUGAUAAAGCUGAUCAUAAGUUUAUAUGAAUGACUGGUGAUCAUUUAUUGUGCUUGAUGAUAUACUACAAAGGUUCCUUGUUAUAACAAAAUGGGAGUGCGUACCUAAAACCCUAAUCAACUUUG